GAGCCUCCCUCAGAGCAGGGAUGAGAACAGCCUGGCCAGAAAUGGAACUCAGCCAGCUCUCAUCUGUGUCUACAGUCACCCCCAGCUAUGAGUACUACUACGAGGACAGCUGCCAGUAUCAGCACCUGCAACAUAUGUCUAUUUUCCUCCCUAUCCUGUACACUGCUGUGUUCCUGGUGGGCAUUGUUGGCAACGCAGUCCUGAUCGUAGCCUUGGUCUUCAAGCGGCAGGUCCAGAGGCUGAUUGACGUCUUUAUCAUCAACCUCGCUGCAUCUGACUUCAUUUUCCUCAUCACGCUGCCAUUCUGGGUGGACGAGGAGGUGUUGGAUGGGAACUGGAGGGUAGGAUCUUUCCUCUGUAAAGCUAGUUCCUAUGUCAUCUCAGUCAACAUGUACUGCAGCAUCCUCCUCCUCACUUGUAUGAGUGCUGACCGAUACCUGGCUAUCAUGCACCCCUCUAUCGCUAGACGGAUCAGAACAAGAUCCUAUUCCAGAGCACUCUGCAUCUGUGUCUGGUUGUUAUCCUGCUGCUUGGGGACGCCAACCCUUUUGUCUAGAGAACUGAAGAAGCAAUAUGGAAAGACUUACUGCACAGACAAAGCCAUGACAGAAGCCAAACAGAUUGCGUCGCUGAUGCUUUUAAUCCUGGCCUUCUUCUUCCCACUGUUGAGUAUCUUAACCUUUUACUGCUCUAUCACCAAGAGACUCUGUGUGCAUUAUCAGAAGACUGGGAAACAUGAUAAGAAAUUGAGAAAAUCCAUCAAGAUCGUCUUCAUUGUAGUGGUGGCUUUUGUUGUCUCCUGGGUUCCCUUCAAUCUGUUCAAGCUUAUGGCCAUUCUUUUGGGACUCCUGAAGCAGUCUGACUGUUUUUCCAACAUGGUUGCCCAACUGGGCAUGAAGGUGAGCAACCCUUUUGCUUUUGCCAAUAGCUGUGCCAACCCCUUCAUUUAUUAUUGCUUUGACAGCUAUAUCCGCAGAGCCAUGCUCCAGUGCCUGUGCCCACGGGUGAAAAUCAGCAGCAGCAACAGCUCUGAUACUCUGGACACUCGCCUCAGUCAUUCCUUAUCCAAUUUUGGGGCAGGGGAGUAUGCUGCUAGGAAGAGGAAGCGCUCUGUGUCCCUGUGACAGGGAACUGGGACUUCUCUCUCCAAAGAUAGCAGGAAAAGAAAAAGAGAAAGGAGCAACACAGACAGAGGUGCAAGUGUAAUGCAAUCAGCGCUUCAGGUGGAAGGACUUACCCUGGAACCCCAGCACAAAUGCUACAAGCAACAGAAAAGAAUCGUGUGAUUCAAUCAAAGCCGCUCCAAGAAAAGCUCUGAACUUAAAUGUAUAUAGGUUUUUAUUUUGUGCAACAAAACCAACACAAGUGUUUCUUUUUGGUUCCUAGCGUACCCACAAACAUGUCACAAUGUUCUCAAACUAACCUAAUCAAUUCUGUUUUUUUGGAGUUUUUCUGAAUUUAGAAAUUCAAUGUUUUAAUGAAUUUGUGUGUUACCAGUUCUUAUCAUUUAAGUCCUGUGCAUUUUAAGUCUCUGCUUCUUAUUAUGGCAUUAAAUCUUUAGUUUUAAUAAAAAUGAGUAAAGUGUCUAGCCCCUGUGAUUUUAGUAAGAAAGAAGAUAACUUGAAGGCAGAGAAACCAGAAGACAAGCAAAACAGGUCCUGCAUUUAACCUUUUUCUUAAAGGAAAAAGACCAUCAAAAGCACAUUUGUGCUUUUUUAAGACUUUUUUGAGGACCUGACACAAUUUCUGACUGCUUGGGUCAGAAGUAAGGAAUCAGUCCCUCCUACUAAGGAAAAGGACACGGUGAGUUCCAGG